GCUAUUUAUGGCUAUUUUCUAAGAUUUAGCCAGAAUGAUAACAACAAUUUCUUCAAGUCCAAAUUAUUUAAAGAGAAAAUACAAAUCUUUAUAAUUGAAAAAAAAAAGGAAUAGCUGCGGAGAAAAAGAAAACACUUCCAGAGAAAGCUUUUGCAGAGAAAUCCUGUAUUACAGCAAACACUUUGUUCAUGAAAUAAAAGAACCAUGCACAAACAUGAAAUAUAAAAUACCCUCACAAGAAAAGAUGAACGAAUAACUUUGCUUGAAACAGAAAAUGCUAUGUUGCACCUCAAACUUGCUCAGUUACGAGGAGAAGUGACUAUAGCAAAGAAAGAAACUUCUGAAUUCUAUUCUGAUCUUGAGAUUAGUGAUAAAUUUAAAUCUUACGUCAUAGAGAAAACAAAUAAACUACGUAAAGAUGCACUGAAUCUCAAGCAAGAACUGGUUAAAUUGAAAACAUUUGUUGAAGAAAUGCCUAAGCAAUUUGCUCAAUACUUUAAUCGUGCAGGUACUAUAUUUCAACAUCAGACAGCAGCAUUUGAAUCAAGAUCAGGAAAUAUUACAGCAUUAGCAGAUGAAGUAGCCCAGCUGAAAAACAGCCUGAAAGAGAUCACAGAAAGACAUGCACUGGAGAAGAAAAGGCGCCAAGAGCUGCACAACACUUUAAUGGAAUUGCGAGGCAACAUUAGAGUUCAUGGAAGAAUACGCCCACUCAUGGAAUUUGAUGUUGAGAAUGAAGACAUAACAUCUUUAGGGAAGCCAGGCUCAAGAUCGGAGGUUGUUGUCCAUUAUGUUGAUGAUGAGAAUAUAUGUGUCCGUACAAAUAAACACAAUAAAGUCUUUGAAUAUGAAAGAGUUUAUAAUUCAACUGAAAAACAGGAAGCAAUUUUUGAUGAGGUUCAGCCAAUGCUCACAUCAUUGCUAGAUGGCUACAAUGUCAGCAUUAUGGCCUAUGGCCAGACAGGAAGUGGUAAAACUCAUACCAUGCUUGGCAGCCAUAGAAAUGAUGACUACAAUCCCAGCCAUGAUCCUCACCCUGAUGAAGGCGUUAUACCCAGAGCAACCAGAGAACUUUUCAGGUUAAUAGAAGAGAAGCCAGUGGGUACUCAUAGUCUGGAAGUCUCAGUAGUUGAAGUCUAUAACAAUGACAUAAAAGACUUGUUAAGCCGAGAUCCUAAUGCAAAACAUGAUGUGGUCACUGGAGGUGAUGGUCAGCUCAGUAUCCCAACAGUAACUUCUAAACCAGUAGAUAAUGUAGACUCUGUCAUGACGUUAGUCCAGCUUGGUCUGAAAACACGCAAGGAAUCAGCCACACUAGUACAUGAGCAUUCAAGUCGUUCUCACCUGAUUGUAACUCUAACUGUCACAACCAAGGCGCCAAGUUUCUUUGCCAAGUCAUUUGCUGCUGAACCUGAAGGAAAUACCAGUAUAUCAAAGAAAGGUGUUGUAGGUAAUCUACAAACAACCAAUCAACAACCAGUAGUGAGAACAAAGCUGCAGCUUGUGGAUCUUGCUGGAAGUGAAUGUGUAGGAAUGUCUGGCGUCAAAGGUGCGGCUUUAAGAGAAGCUUCCAAUAUAAAUAAAAGCUUGUCUGCACUAGCUGAUGUCUUAGGGGCCCUGGCAGAGCACAGAACUCAUGUACCUUAUCGAAACAGUCGCUUAACACAUUUCUUGCAAGAUUCCAUCGGUGGAGAUGCCAAGCUUUUGAUUCUCUUGUGUGUGUCUCCAGCACAACGUUACAUCACUGAAUCUUUGCAAUGUCUUGGAUUUGGUCAAAGGGCCCGACAAGUGCAAAGAGGUCCUACUAAGCGAAGACUUCCCUCAUCUGCUGAGAAAGUAGCCCCUGAAAAUACCCAGUCCAGACCCAACUCUGCCACCAGAUAAUGCUUUAAUAAGUUGUAUUAGAUUCUUAGAAUUAUUAAUUUGACAUGAAUUACAUUUUUAUGAGCACUUUUCACACAAAAAUAACAGUGUAUCUAGUGUCUAAUACCGAUAUUUUUUCAGCAUAAAAUAUUUUUGUUUAUUGUAGGCUAUAUUACACUUUUAUUUUUAUGUCACAUAACUCUUGCUAUUUUACUUUUACACCCACCUAUAUCUACUAGUGCCUUAUAGAAUGUUUAGAUAAAAGAACAGAAUGGUGAGUUAAAGUUAAUUGAGACUUGGCUGAAUUUAUUAUAUUGUUUCUGUUGAUUGAAACAUACAAAAAAUAUUGUAUACUGUGAUGUAGGAAUAAAUUAGUUUAUAGCUUUUUAUGUAUUAUAGUCUUUAAUGCUCUUACACCAUCAUUAAUGAAGUAACAAUGGAUACAAAAAUGUUAACAGAAUAACAUUUCAUAAUUAAGAGUCCAGCUUGUAAAUAAAUCAUUAUAACUUAUA